UUCACGACUCUGAUGCCUUCUGCUCCGAGCACCAUCACACAUCAUGUCACAUGUGCGUCGUGACACUGAUUCUGAAGGAUACAGCCAGGGUACAGCGGCAGGCUGUUGCCAGCAUUGUUGCGGCCGCCGCCACUGCCCUGCUACUAGUGCUAGUAGUAGUAGGACCUACUGUAGUACGGUACAUACUCUAUAGGCUUACGCAGCAUUAGAACCAUGGCGGCUGUGGCCUCAGCGCGCCAGAAAUUCCUUGGAGGGACCGCUCGCUUUCAAGAGCUGAAGUCUGCCAGUACUCCUUUGGAAACAACUUCCAUAAAUGUCGGUGCAUCUACUAGAAGACUUUCGUCCAAGCCCUCUUUGUCAAGAACAAUCAGCUACGGUCUGUCCUCACUCUGUUGGAGCGGGCCAAUUGACAUCAGUAGGCGAAAACCUUUUGCAACUUGGCGGAAAGACUGCUGUUCUAAAGUCUCUACCAAAGGGCAUGGGGUCAGGCGGCAUUGGCGCCAGGCAGCAAUGGCGAGUGAUGGUCCUAUUGAGGAGCCACAGAGUACAGACAACGGCAGCAAUGAAGGGAGCACGUCCGGUUCAGAUUCUGACAAUGUGACUGUGGGCCUGGCAGAGCAGUUUUGUAUCAUUGAGGGGGCAGAGACAAUGCAGGACUUUGCCCGGAUGCAGCUAAAAGAAAUCAAGGAGAACAUCGCAAGCCGCAGGAAUAAGAUAUUUCUGCUCAUGGAAGAGGUGCGGCGACUGCGCAUUCAGCAGCGGUUGAAGAGUGCGGAGAAGAGUCUCCAAGAGGACUCUGAAGACGAGACGGCGUACCCGUCGUCUAUUCCGUUCCUCCCGCCCUUGACCAAAACAGACCUUCGCCAGAAGUACUACGUCACCUUCUUCUCAAUGAUUGGCGCAGUCAUCGUGUUUGGAGGCUUCUUCGCACCUGUGUUGGAGUUGAAGCUUGGAAUUGGCGGAACGUCCUACGCGGACUUCAUCAGAAGCCUGAACCUGCCAAUUCAGCUCAGUCAAGUGGACCCGAUUGUCGCCUCGUUCUCGGGUGGCGCUGUGGGUGUGCUGUCGUCGCUCAUGAUUGUGGAGCUCAACAAUGUGUCACUUCAGGAGGAGAAGAAGUGCCACUACUGUGAAGGAAGCGGGUACCUGGCGUGCGCCAAGUGCGGCGGCAUGGGCGCCAUCCUGGACCCGGGGGAGCGCGAGCAGCUCAGGGAGCAGCUCAUCACCGCGGGGAAGGUGGGCGGGGCCAGCCGGCAGGUGGCGCUCAAGAAGCUGCGCGCGGAGCGGUGCAACAACUGCAGUGGCGCCGGCAAGGUCAUGUGCCCCACUUGCUUGUGCACCGGGAUGGCCCUAGCCACGGAGCACGACCCCAGGAUUGACCCGUUCGAUUGAUCAGCGAAACGCGAACGAUCGUAGGAGUGCUGCGAAGCUUCUGCGUUGUUUGAAACCCGAUUUGAUUGGAAGUAGAAACGUUGAAGGUUUGUUCGAGUGACUAGGAUUAUGCGACUCUAGUAGAAGCUGAGUAGUCGUAGAUACGAGACAAAAACUAGCAUUGAACUCGAGCGUCUGGUCGAGAACGGGUGAAAUCAAAGCUCGUUUCCAUUCGAUCCGGCCAUCACUGCUUUCAUGGUACUCAUUCUCUUGAACUGCCUUUGACGCACAGACUCGAGCCAUUGUUCAACCAUUUUCGCGUUCAGAAUCGAGCACUCGAGCAGCAUGCACAGC